AUGCAGGCGCUGCAGCCCGAGGCGCUGGACUACGUCGCUGGCCUGCGCGGGCCGGUGGCGGUGGUGGCAGCGAUCGGCCAGUACCGGAGCGGCAAGUCGUUUCUGCUCAACCAGCUGAUGCGGCUCAACUGCAGCGAGGGCUUCCAGGACACUUUCAUAGACAUGUCGGGCACCGGCGGGACGCGCAGACCAAAGGAGUGCGCCACGGUUCUCUUUCUCGACACCGAGGGGUUCGAGGGGACGGGGAAGGCGGCUGCGUACGACGACCGCAUCUUUGCGUUUGCGGCGCUGUCCGCUGCGGCUCGGGCGGACAUCGCGAAGCUGGCCUUCGCCGCGCAGCUGGCGUCGGAGUUCUGGCGCCGCACUAGCGGCGAGGCGGGCGGAGGAGGAGGGGGAGAGGGCGAGGGCGGCGGCGGCGAGGGGAGCGACAGUGGCGAUGGCGGCGGCGGCGAGGAAGGCGGAGGCAAGGGUCGCGGCGCGGCGCGGCGGCGGCGUGCGGGGCAGCUCAACGCCAUCCGCCGCACACUGCGCUCCUUCGGCGGCAUGCGCGGCCUUGGCUUACCGCAGCCCCACCCUUCCCGAACGUCCCUCUGCGACCUCCCGCCCGAUCAGCUAGCGGCAGAGUACCGGGCGGGCAUGCAGGUAGUGCGGGAGUGGGUCGGCUCUGUUGCGCAACGGAGGAGGAGGCGGGCGCCAGCGGCGGAGGCGGAGGCGGAGGCGGAGGAGGCGGAGGAGGCGGAGGCGGCGGAGCGGGCAGUUGCGUCGCGCGUUGGGACGACUGCAGCAGACGCGAUGGCGAUGGCAAAUGGGAAUGGGAGGGUGUGGGGCAGUGGCAAGGAGCUGGCGGGGGCGGUGCGGAAGCUGGUGGAGGCGCUCAACGCAAACGCCAUCCCGACGGCCGGCUCCGUCAUCGACUCUUUCAACAACGAGGCGACCCCGCGCGUGUUUGGCGGGGGGGCGGGGGGGCGGCUGGCGGCGGCGGACGUGGCGGCGGUUCGGAAAGCGGCCGGCGGGAGCGGCUGCGUUGGGCCGGCGGCGGCAGAGUAUCACGAGAGGCUGGCGCUGGAGGCGGGGAAGGGCGAGGAGGAGUUCAAUGCGCGCUUCCACGGCCAGCUGUCCCACGCCCUCUUCCUGUUGUGCGUUGGCGGCAUCCUCACCUUCUGCGACGUGGCCGCAUCCUUCCGCUACGUGGCCGCAUCCUCACCUUCCGCUACGUGGCCGUGA